ACCCUGGGUGCUUUUAUCUCGGGGACAAAGAACACAUAUCUUCUUCAUGGUAAGAAAAACUACAAAUUCACACAGGAUGUAUCCAAAUUGCGGGGCCAAGCUCCUCUUGCAUACCCCCGACCCCCGCACCCUCUCGGGCCACUUCCCAAAGUCCCAUUUUGUGGUGCAUUCGCUGACAGUCACUGUGAGCUCUUCCUUCCCACAAAAAGACUGUGAUCAACGGGAACUUUCUGCUCCUUGCAUUUGCCCCGGCUUAUCCCGGACUGCCUAUCCUGGCCACCACUCCACGACAGCUUUAGUGAAUAAAUAAAACAAACGCUGCACCGAGGCUCUGGCGUGCGUGUGGCUGGGACAGAGCAGGGGUGGGGGCUUGGCUGGGUGAGUGAUUUUCAGUUUCUUCCUCUUCCUGUGCAUGUGCUCCGGUAACAGGGCCAGAGAACUGGAGGCCUGGCCCGAGCCACCCCGCCACGCUUGUCCCUGCGGGAGGGGCGUGAGUGGGGCGUGGCCAGAACGGCUUUCUCCGGGCCGGGCCCCUGCAGGGUACAGUUAACCCGCCACGCUGACCAUGGCCGCAACCGCGCUGGGGCAGGUGGGUUCGCGGCCCGGCCGCUGGGGCAAGGGGAACCUUGGGGAGGGGUGCACUUCCGGGAGGACCACUGGAGCGCAGCGCUUCCGGCUUGGCACAGCUCCUUUGGCCCUGGGGUUCCGUGGCAGGGCGCGCGGACGGGGAUGGUUCCCCCUUGCGGGGUGCCCCAGAUAUGGGCCCGGAAACUUCUCCCUGUCCCCUGGCUUCUGUGUGGUGCCAGAAGAUGUGCUUCUUCCAACUUCAAGGCUGCAGACCUGCAAAUGCAAAUGACCCAAGAACCACAAAAGAAGCCCAGCCCCAGCGAGCCCCUGGUGUUUGGGAAGAUGUUUACUGACCAUAUGCUGAUGGUGGAGUGGAGUGGGGCAAAGGGCUGGGGCCAGCCCCGGAUCCAGCCCUUCCAGCACCUCAUGCUGCACCCGGCCUGCUCCGCCCUCCACUACUCCCUGCAGCUCUUCGAGGGCUUGAAGGCCUACAGGGGCAGAGACCAGCAGGUCCGCCUCUUCCGACCCUGGCUCAACAUGGAUCGGAUGCUGCGCUCGGCCCAGCGGCUCUGCCUGCCGACUUUUGACAAGGCGGAGCUGCUGGAGUGCAUCCGCCGGCUGGUGGAGGUGGAGAAGGACUGGGUCCCCGAGGGGCCUGGCACCAGCCUCUACGUGCGGCCCGUGCUCAUUGGCAAUGAGGUGAGCCUGGCUCAGGGAAGGGAAGGGGCAGGGGUUGAAGGCGGAGGCCAGGCCUGGACUUCCAGUCACUCACACUGCCCCCCUUUUCCCUCACAGCCUUCACUGGGUGUCGGCUGUGUCUCGAAAGCACUCCUGUUCGUCAUUCUCUGUCCUGUGGGCUCUUACUUCCCUGGGGACUCCUUGACCCCCGUCUCCCUGCUUGCUGACCCAGCGUUUAUCCGAGCCUGGAUAGGGGGUGUCGGUGACUACAAGCUGGGGGGGAAUUACGGGCCCACUGUGUUAGUGCAGCGGGAGGCACAGAAGCGGGGCUGCGAGCAGGUGCUCUGGCUGUACGGGCCCGACCAGCAGCUCACCGAGGUCGGCACCAUGAACAUCUUCAUCUACUGGACCCACAAGGACGGGGUCCUGGAGUUGGUGACGCCGCCAUUAGAUGGGAUUAUCCUGCCUGGAGUCGUCAGACAGAGCCUGCUGGACCUGGCCCAGUCCUGGGGUGAGUUCCGGGUAGCAGAGCGCAAGAUCACCAUGCAGGAGCUGCUGCAGGCGCUGGAGGAGGGCCGGGUGCGGGAGAUCUUCGGCUCCGGCACUGCCUGCCAGGUCUGCCCGGUGCACCAGAUCCUGUACGAAGGCAAGAAUGUCCACAUUCCCACCAUGGAACAUGGGCCUGAGCUCAUCCUCCGUUUCCAGAAGGAGUUGAGGGCAAUUCAGUACGGAACCAGCGCCCACGAGUGGAUGCUCACUGUGUGAAACUGCGGGGCUCGGCUGGACCACACCUUAGCCUCAGAUCAACCGACCUGUCAGGACUCAUUUGAAGUGCAAUAAGAGAGGCCCAGGUCCCUGGCGCCCCCUGGUGGUUGCUACACUCCCAAAGCUGUGAGAGCUGGGUCCAGGCCUUUGAGACCUGGCCCUGCGACAGGGGCGGGGACCCGGUGGCCUCUCCCUACCCCUGCUGCUCCAUGUUCAUCUCCUGGGGGGUCAGAGAUGUUUCGUGGCCUCGACUCUGCAUCUCUCCGUUCUCAGGCCGGACCCCACUGCUGCCGUUAAUUUUUUUUCUCUCUGUUCUUGCUACAAUUUUGAAAUAAAAUGCCAAAGAACAAAA